ACCACCAACCACAUUCCUCACCGCUUGUUCAAGAUGGCCUCGCAGGACCUCGCCGCCACGUACGCUGCCCUCAUCCUCGCCGACGAGGGCCUCGAGAUCAGCUCCGAGAAGAUCGUCUCGCUCACCCAGGCCGCCAACUGCCCGGUCGAGCCGAUCUGGGCCACGCUCCUCGCCAAGGCGCUUGAGGGCAAGGAUGUCAAGGAGAUCCUGACUGCCAUCGGCUCCGGCUCGGGCGGUGCCCCGGCUGCUGCCGCGCCCGCCGCUGCCGGCGGUGCCGCUGCCGCUGCCGACGCGCCGGCAGAGGAGAAGAAGGAGGAGGAGAAGGAGGAGAGCGACGACGACAUGGGCUUCGGUCUCUUCGACUAAACGUCUCGCUGCCUGGCCGCGACGAUCAUGUCGCGUGCGCCUCGUCUCGCAAUGUCCAACCUUCUGUACUCGUACAUGCGCUUCGUCUCUCACACACUCAUCCAAAACGCACACAUCAUCGCCAUGUCCGGCUUCUCGAGGCGCAGGCGCAGGCAAAGGGUGACAUUAUGACGAGGCGGUGCGCGAAGAGCCAAGAGGGCGUACGUGGGGAGGAGAUGCUCUGUAGAUGAUGCGCGGAGAGACGGGCAGAAGGAGCGCGACGAUGUUUUCUCCUCGGAGCGGCGUCUAGGCGACGAGUCGGGCGAGACGGUGGGGAGCCGUGCUG